UGUCGUGCACGUUCAAGCUGGCCUACCUCUUCUACAACCAGAACCUUCACGAGGAGGCCAGCUCCGUCUGCGAGCUCUUCUGCAAGAGGCUGGAGACAGCAGAUGCCUAUGCGUGUCCAGAGAUACCCCCGGAGAGGCUGCACAAAUGCUUCAGGCUGCAGGUGGAAAGCCACCGCAAGCUGGGGCAGCUGGAGAGAGCCCUGGCGUGCGUGGUGCUGUGGCUGGCCGCGCUGCGGGGCCGGAUCGGGGAGCUGCUGGCAGAGCCCGUCUCCCUCUGGACCAGAGUCAAAACAGAUGCUGCGAAACAGGGGGCCGAGGAGUUACGGUUACGGACCCUGAAGGAAGGCUUGGAGGGGCACAGCCUGGACGCGGAGACCUUGGUGACCGUCCUCUUUGCGGAGCUGAAGGCCUACAAGACCGUCCGAGCCGACACGGGGCAGGAACGCUACAACGUCCUCUGCGACCUGCUGGAGAUCUGCUCGGAGGAGAGCGGCCGCCUGCAUGAGCGAGCUAUCGGCUUGACGGAGCUGGCCCAGGUCUUGUGCUACCACAGCUACGCCCAGCAGAUGGACUGCUCCUCCCUGGACUCGGUCCGGGAAGCCUUGCGGCUGCUGGAGUUGGUACCCAGGAACUCCCAGAACCGGGACCGGCUCCUCGAUGACCAGGCGCAGGCUCUGCUCUGGCUCUAUAUCUGCACCUUGGAGUCCAAGCUGGAGAAGCUGCAGAGCAUAGAGAGGGUCCAGAGAGCCAAAGCUCAGGGGCUGAAGAACCUGGACGACUUUGAGCCCAACGACCUCAACUACGAAGGCAGGCUGCUGGAGGACAGGUUCCUGUACGACGGCAUCUCCUUCAACCUGGCGACAGAGACCGAGGCUCUCCGGGAGCGCCUGGUUUCAGGUCAGGGUGUCUCAGACCGUGGUGUGCCCUCAGCUCUGUCCAAAAGCCUGGAUGAUGCCUUCGCCUUGUGGAAGCAGCUCCUGGCGACACUGGGCAUCCCGGCCGUGUGAAGCCCCGAGCAGACUGUAGCCUCCCUGCAGCUCCUGGCAGCUCUGUACAAGCUGAUUGGCCAAGGUAACGCUGGUGGGGAGCCCUUGCAAGCCAUGGAGAGCUACCUCCUGGUCAGAGCCCUGUGCAGCGCACUCGGGGACAGCCUGGGCACGGCCGGCGCCCUGUGCCAGGUCACCAAGCUGCUCUUCCAGCUGGAGUGCCCCAGCUAUGCCCAGCUUUUCCUGGAGGAGACAGAAUCCUGCCUGCAGAAAGCCGACAGCAGCGACGAUUCCUACCUGCUGCUGCAGCAAACCUGCCUCCUGCUCCGCAGCCAGCUGUGCUGCGUCAACCGCCGGAUUGAAGAGGGUCUCACCAUGCUGCUGGGGGUGCUCCAGAACCCAGCUCUGCAAAAAAUCACCAAGGUCUGGUACCUGCUGCGAGCCCACGUCCUUCAGCUGGUGACCGUCUACCUAAGCCUCCCCCCUGCCUGCCUCUCACUGGAGCUCCGGCAGUGCAUCUUUGUGCAAGGGUGGAAGACGCCCGAGACGGCUCUCGCCGAAGCCCACAAGCUCUUCCGCAGCAUCAUCCUCCUGCUGAUGGGCAGCGACGUGCUGGGCUGUCAGACGACGGCGUCCGACGUCCAGUUUGUGGAUUACGUGAGUCCCCACUCCAGGCUUGGAAGGACCCUGUCUCUGAGCACCCCCAGGGAAGAGGCGGUUUUCCUGAAGGUCCCCGGGCUGGAGUUUGUGGCCACGGUGAGCGGGCUGGAGAAGGCGGAUGCUCUCACCGCCUCACCAGAGCUGAAGCCCAAGAGGAGGAAGAGACUGGCCUUCCUCGCCCACCCGGCAGCCUGCCCGUGCUGCCUCUGCUCCGACCUGGCCCUCUCGGCUCUCUGCCUGCGCUGGCUCCUCUCCUGCGCCCAGGGCGAGCUGGCAGAGGGCUGCGUGGCCGAGGG